AUGGGUUCGUGUGAUGGGUUGUUACUUUUUCGGAUUGAAUCUGAUUUGUUCUUGUGGAACCCGCUCACCAGGUGUUCGAAGAAAGUCCUGGCUUAUCACCGUGUGGGUGACACUGGCUAUAAUGUUGUUUCUGGGCUUUGUUUUGAUUCCUCGAGGAAUGAGUACAAGGCUGUAAUGGCGCUUGCUCAUGAGAGUCCAGAUUAUGGCACUGAAUUCAUGGUAAUUGGUAGUUUUCGGAGCAAACUUUGGACAUAUAUCCAAUUCCCUUACAGCGUUCGUACUGUGAAACCAGGGCCUGUAUUGAAUGAACAUCUACACUGGUUGGCCUCUAAGAAAAGUUGGGGUCACUUCCUCUCAACCCAUCAAAUCCUUUCCUUUGAUCCACAGAGCGAUAAAUUCAAGAAGGUACCAAUGCCACAGCCUAAGGAUGAAAAUGGAGAUGGAGAUAUUAUACUUGGUUUGAGAGCUCUAGAUGGAUGUCUUUGUAUGACUUGCUUCGACAAUCCUAGAAACUUUGAAGGCAAUGUUGAGGUAUUGGCAAUGAAGGAAUAUGGUAUGAAAAGCUCUUGGACUGUUAUGUUCACGAUAUCAAACUUGGCCGGUGUAUUUUAUUCUUAUCAUUGGUUUGUGCCAUUGUGUUCUACAAAGAAUAAUGAAGUUAUAAUGAACCUCUGCGUAGGGGUGGAUGAAGGAUGUGUAACGGCUUACAAUCCUACUGACAAUUCAAAUAGGGAUAUUCUAAUGGCUACUGAUAAUUACGAUUUCAAUGCAAUUAUGUAUGAGGAAAGUUUGGUGACAUCACCUGAUUACAAUUGGGAAGAGGAAGAGCUGAGUGGGGAAGCAACAUAUUUUGAAAGAUACCUUUCAGGCUCAGUUGGAAAACGGAAAAGGAUAAGGAAUGGUUUUGGGUAA